AUGCUGGUAAGACCUCUUAACAGCAAAGAAAUACUACAAAAUUGUAGUGAAUGCAUAUCAUUAAUACCCGACGCACCUCAAAUACUUAUCGGCCAGGAUCGUCCAUUCACAUUCGAUUAUGUGUUUGCUUCUGAUACUCCUCAAGGAGAUGUGUUUGAAGAUUGCGCGCUUCCAUUACUCGAGAAACUUAUGGAAGGAUACAAUGCUACAAUAUUGGCAUAUGGUGGAAAAACUUAUAGCAUGGGCACAGCUAUUGAUGGUGCAAACAUUCCUCCUGAUCAUCAAGGUAUAGUUCCUCGUGCAAUCUACCGAUUAUUCGAAGAUUUAGAAAAGAAAAAAAUAAAGCAUCCAUCAUACGAAUACGAAGUAGCGGUAUCUUUCUUAGAAUUAUAUAAUGAAGAUUUGAUCGAUUUAUUAAAUUUACAACGUGAACACAACAAAAAAGGAAAAAGUGAUUUGACCAUCAGAGAAGAUGCUAACGGACAAAUAUAUUGGGCCGGUGUUAAAGAAGUAACCGUUGGUCAUUUACAAAAAGGUUCAUUAAGUAGAACAGUCGCUUCAACUGAAAUGAAUUUGGUAUCUUCAAGAUCACAUGCAAUAUUUUCAGUCAUAUUGAAACAAACUAAAGUUGAAGAAGAAGAUAAAGAAAAUAAGGAAAACCAAGAUCCUUCCUCCUCCUCAACUGCUGAUACUUCUGCUGCCGCAAAAAGAAAAUCAAAAUCAAAAGCUUCAACUGCUAAAAUAGUUUCGAAAUUUCAUUUCGUAGAUUUAGCUGGUUCUGAAAGACUUAAGAGAACUAAUGCUGUUGGUGAUCGUGCAAAAGAAGGAAUUUCAAUUAAUGGUGGUUUAUUGGCUCUUGGUAAUGUGAUAUCAGCUCUCGGUGACGAAUCACGAAAAGUUACUCACAUUCCAUACAGAGAUUCUAAAUUAACGAGAUUAUUACAAGAUUCUUUGGGUGGUAACAGUCAAACUCUUAUGCUUGCAUGUAUAUCACCCGCCGACUCCAAUUUCAUGGAAACUUUAAAUACAUUAAAAUAUGCCAACAGAGCACGUAACAUCAAAAAUAAAGUUAGCGUUAACGAGAAUUUUGGUGGAAAUUCAAUAGAAAUAAAUCAAUUACGUGGUCAAAUAAGUAGAUUAAAGAUGGAAGUUCAAACAUUAAGAUCUUGCGGUGCAAAUGAAGAAAACACCCGCGCAUACGAAGAAGAAAUAAAAAAACUUAAAGGAGACUUGGGUAUGACUAAAAUGAAAUUACAAACCGUUGAACAAGAACUUAUCAUGGCAAACACAGAGAAGAAAACUUUAUUAUUGGAAAUCGGUUAUAAUGAUCGUGAUCUUUCGGAGGCUGAUCGUGAACAUAGAAUGAAAACUCAUCACAUAAUACAAGAAUUCGAGACUCAAAUCUCUGAUUAUAAAAACCAAGUUUGCGACCUUCAAGCAAUUAUUCAACAGCAACAAUCUGCCUCACCUCGUAAAUCUUCCUUGGCUGGCAGCACUCCUGGAAGAGAGAAAGGUCACAUCAAAUUCAUUGAUCAACCAAAUAAUUAUUCUGAUGAUGAAUUAAAAAGUAAUGAUAGCGACAACAACAACAACACUUCUUCAAAGAAAAAGAAAAGCAAGAAGAAACGUUCAAAGAAAGAAGGCGAAUUUAUUAAGCCUCAAGAUUUAGAUGAAGCCAAGAAAUUGUUUGCUCAUUACACCCAAGAAAAUGAAAAUGGUGAAAAUAAUAAUGAUGACGAAAUCGAGAUUGAUCAACAAUUGAUGGAUGAAAAUGGUAUUAUUAAAUUCCCUAGAAGAUUAAGACGUCGUAGUGCAAGAGACACCAUCGAAAAAGCCAAGGAACAAAUUAAACAAGGUCUUAUACUCCUUAAAAACGGUGGUUCAAUGCACGAUGAUCCUGUCUUGAGUCAAUUGAUUAAAGCUCCUUCAACAACUAAAAGUGAAAGUUACUUGGAACAAAUGUUGAUUGCAAAUCAUUUGAGAGACGAAAAAAGACGUUCAAGCAGUGUAUCAUUCAUCAGUUUCUCCGACCAACAAAUCUCACCUAGCUCUACAAAAUCCUCAUCAUCACAAAACAGCACCGGUCAAUCAUCUCAACAAAACGCUAUUACUCUUUCACGUAUGUUGCAUAGAAUCCAAGCAGACAUUGCUGUCAAAGAGCAACUUGUCGCGCAAUUGGAACGCGCCGAACAAGAAUUCACAUUCAUGCGAGCCCAAUAUGAACAACAAUUGGCUCAAAUGCAAGAAAAUUUGAUUAAUAUGCAACGUGAAAGAAAUUCAGCUGUAAAACGUACACAAAAUUCAAGUACUGGUGUAAGCACUCGUGACAAGAGUUCGAUACUUGCUGAACUUAAAGCUCGCUACGAACACAAGAUGAAACGUUUGAUUCAAGAAAUUGGUGAUCUUCGCCGUAAAUAUAACGAAACAACCCAAAAAAGUAAUGUCGAGAAGAAUCAAAACGAAACAAUGCUUAGAAGCAUGAGAUCUCAAGUCGAACAUCUUAAAAAUGAAAAAUUGAGAUUGAUCAAACGUAUGAAGUCUGAGACCGAAAAGAUUCGUGAAAUGACUGAACGUAACGAACGUGAAGUUCAAAGCCUACGUCGUAAAGAAAAGGCUGCACAAGAACAAAGAAAACGACUUGAGAAAUCAAACGAAAUGCAAAAACUUAUGCUUGAAAAACGUCAAAAGGAAGUUUUAUUAACAACUGGUAAACUUAAAUCAGUAAUGACCUUACUCAAACGUACUUCAACACCAAAAUCCAUUGCAAAAGCGUUCCGUAAUACCAAACGUGGUAAAAUAACUAGUGGCAGCGCUGGUAAUAAUGGCAAUGAAGAAGAAGUUAAAGUUAGUAGUGAUACUGCGAGAAGAACUUCGGAUGAUUUGGUUUUAAUUGAAGAAGAAGUAUUUGCAAGUGGUAAAGAGAAGAAGAAACAACUUGAUGAAGCAAUCUACAAGUAUAUUACAGGUCGUCAAUCAUUGGCGUUGAUGGAUGAAUUGAUUCAGAAGCGUGAUGCAUUAGUUGCUGAGAAACAUGUGUUACUUUGUGAACGUGAAAAAACCAUUACUGCUGAGAACUCUGAUAAUAGCAGUGAUAAUGGCAAUAACCAAGAUUUGGAUGAUAGGAUUGAAGUGAUCAAUUCGGAAGUUACUUAUAUGAAUGCUAGAAUUCGUGCAUUACAAUCCGAAGCUGCAAGAACUGCAGCAGCAGGAACGGAAAAACAAAGAAGAAGAUCCUCAGUGGAAAAAGUCAAUAAUGAUGAUAAAUCACCAUCAACACCACCACGUAAAAAUAGUGGUAAACCUGAAAAGAAAUUGUCAUUCACAUUGCCUGAGGAUGUUACACCUGAAGCAUCAUAUGAUAUAGCAGUUGAGAUUUUAAGGAACCUGGAUCCAAUCGAGGCCCAAACAGUAUUAGAAUCAUUCUUUGAAGAUAUUAUUAAAUUACGUAGCGGUGCAUGGUCGAACCAGAUGACACUUGCACAACAAGAAACAACAAUGUUGGAGUUGCGCAAAACAUUAUUGGCUAUGCGUAGAGCGGCAGUUUUGGCAACUGUCGAAUAUGAGAGAAGGAAUAAAGAUCUUGAAGAAAAAUUGAAACGUGGGGGAAGAUCACCAAGUCCAGUAACAGAAGAAAAUAAAGAAUUAAAAAUAAAGACAAUAGAGGAUGAUGCAGUGGAUACAAUUUCAUUGUUUGAUCGUAUCUACGAGACAGCACUUGCACAAGUUGAAACAGCUGUUUCGGUUAGCGGCAGUGGAACUCCUAAUACGCCUAAUACUCCUAAUGCGUCACAUUCUAGACGUGGAUCCUCCUAUUUCUUUGAUCAUGACGAUUCAACUGUGAUUGCAUCACCUACUGAGGAGGCACCAAAAAUCAUGUCCAGAAAAAAUUCACGUUCACAAUUACCACCAAGCUGGCUAAAGAAUUCUGAGACUGGAAGAAAAUCAUCAAUUGAUUCGACCGGUACUAAAGACAGCAGUAAUGGUAAUAUAAUAGAAACAAGGCAAACCACCGCAACUCCUUCAUUACAAAGAGAGAAUAGUACCAUAAGUCGACAAAAUAGUUCAACAAGUAUGGGAUUCUAUACUGAAAAUAACAACAACAGUACCACCACCGGGGCUGCUAACGAUAAUAACGAAGAAAAUACACAACAUCGUGAUAGUGGAUAUUUCGGAGGAGUUGUUAUGGAUGUUAAGAGAAGAUCACAAAGCAGUAUGGCAAUGGUACGACGAGGAUCCAAAGAUGUUUCACAUCUUCGUCAAAAUUCAUUCGGUAGAAAUUCACCUGAAAGUGAAGAAGUAGCAGGCAUCAUGGCAGGAAAUGGUGAACGUAGAGGAUCAAUAGUACAACAUCAUACACACACAAGAUCAGAAACACCACCAUGUGAUAAUGUAUAUGAUAGAUUAUCAAGAAGUCAUACACAUUCAAGUUCUGCCAAAAACACACCAACAAAAAAAGCAUUGAAGGACUUUAACAAUAGUGAACGAAGAGGUAGUUUUAGUGAACAACGAAGAGAUAGUUUUAGUGAACAACGAAGGGGUAGUUUUAGUAAAUCACAUGUAAAACAAAAUAGUGGAGGAGUUGACAGUGCCUUAGCAGCAUUAGAAGCCAAUCAAAUUAGUGCCCAAUCAGAUCUUACGUUACACAUGUCGAAAUCAAGUGAUUUUGCGAUGAUCAAGACUUUUUGGGAAAAGAUGAAAUAUCUUCAAAGUACACCAAAACCUGCUGAGAAUAUUAAUCCCUUAAAAAAUAGAAAGUCUGGUGAAGAGUACACGACAGCAUAUAUUCACGCAAAGUUUUCUAAUAUUAGUUAUAAGCCAUAA